UGAGCGUGCAGUAUACCACCUCCCGCUGGUCCGCGGCACGAAUUUUACAUUUACGUUACGACUUUCCACAGUGAAUACGAGUGGUUAUCUGUGAGAGGUCCUCGGUCCAGUAGCUCAGCUUUGCCCACCAGGCUGACUCCUCACGACGGCGGACAGCCAUAGUACACCGCCGGAUCACGGGUCGUUCAACGAGCAGACUGCUGGGAGGAACUGAAGACAUUGAAGUUACGCGGGUCGGGACGCUGGGGCUCCACCGAAUAGCACUGCGGCCAGCUGUGGAGCAGGAAAGCAUCUUUUGUGCCACUGACAUGAACGAGAAGUGAAAACGUGGUAUUGCACGGCUUGCAGAGGUCUAGGGAAGAAGAUCAGAUCAGUUUCAGCUGGUAGCCACUGCCACUGCACACAGCUAGCGUCAGACGACACCUUGCCCGCCGACCCUGCUAACCUAAGUCCUUUUCGCACAUUCGUCUCGAAGACGCUGCUACGUCGUUCCACGGUCCACCCGGAUCCACCGCAGAAAGACAUUUUCUGGUGAAAAGGGGUCAAGUGACGACGUCAUUUCUAGGCUUUUGUAGUGACGGCACUGGAGCAUCACCGAAAUCAGUUGAAAGAGAGGUGAAAGUAAAUUGGCAACGAUAGGUCACAUCGUGCCGAGUACGGAUUGGCAGGGAGUAGAAACGCUGCUCAAAGAGUUCUCCCAUUUGUGAAGUGGUCCGCGCAGUUGAGCAUCGCAAUCGGUGGUCAUCAGGCACCGCCGUUUCAAAGCGCGUGGCACAGUACUCUGUCAGUGGCGUGACCGGGUUUCGAGGCUUUCAGGCGUGUUGGAAAACUGCGUCGUUCGCUUGGCGAAGUCGCUCGGGCGCAACCGUGAUAGCUCUCUGCCCAAGUGUGCUGCUGUUGCUGAUGCCAGCGGUGGUGGUGGUGGAGGAGGUGGUGCCCUGAUACGGCUACUGCUGCAGAUGCUGGAGCCUGGAGGCGAAGAAAAAAGUGCGCAAACCUUGUCACUGCCGAUGCUGUUCCUUGGGCAGAAUCCAGGGUGCCUCGGGCUGAUGUUACUGCUGUCCUAGCGUGUGCUGCUGGUUUGUCAAGUCUCACGCUAGCUGACUACAGCUAGUGCUACGAAUCAGACGAACGGUAGACUAGCACUGCCUGCCGACGGGCGCUGUAAGGGGAACUUCUCAUCUGCCAGGCGUGGGCAGUCAGUCACACGUCCUCUGGACCCGACGGCCAACUCGGGCAUGUUGCUGCUGCCCAUCGUGGCCAGGACUCGAAGGUGGAAGGAAAAAUGCUCGGGACGACGGACAACGGAAGCCGCGCGAUGUACUGGCGCUGAGCUGGAGAGAGGGUACUGCUGUAGACAGGAGCGGAGGGCACGUGUAUCAAUGAACUUCCGUAGUAGUACUGGUAGUGGUUGCAGUAGCAGAAUGGCUGCCUCAUUAGCAGCAAACUGUGUUUUACUGGCAAUGGUUAUGACCUGUUUACUGCAGGGCGCGCAUGCACAGACACAGGUCCUGUUCAGCGUCAACGAAACGGCCGUGCCAGGAGAGUGUGUGCACGACCUGACCGGUCCACAGGGCAACCUACCACUGGGCACCAUCUGCCUGCAGCCACCGCAGAACAUCCCGUUUGCCAUUGACGCGACCAGCCUGUGCUUUGAGGUGGCGCAGGGUCGCGACCUGGACUACGAAUCCCUACCGGACGGCAACAAUCAGAUCACGUUUCAGGCGGUGUGCACACUGCCGUCGGCCAUACCGCUGGUCCUGUCCAUCACCGUGACGAUACUUGACGUGAACGACAACGCGCCGAGGUUCUCGCCGUCGAGCAUCAACAUCACGCUGAACGAGGGCUCGGUGGCGGGGACGCUGGUCACCGGGCUGAACGCCGUGGAUCCGGACUCCGGCACGCUGGGCCAGGCGGGCAUCGUGUACAAGCUGGACCCAUUGUCCAACGUGGAUAAUAUAUUCCAGAUCAUCGGCUCGAGCGGCACGUCGCAGCUGGUUGUGCGGGGACCGCUGGAUCACGAGGGCCCGCAGCCGAACUACACGGUCACCGUGCUGGCGGAGGACGGCGGCGGCCGGACCGGCCGCCUGACGGUGCACAUCAAGGUCGGCGACGUCAACGACAAUGCGCCCGUGUUUGUGCAGCGCGACUACUCGGCCUCGGUCAACGAGAGCCUGCGACUGCACACGCCGGUGCUGACGGUGCGUGCCGACGACGACGACAGCGGGCCCAACGCCAACGUCCAGUACUCCAUCAGCAUGAGCUCGGCGACCGACGGCAACGGCUCUCUGCUGACCAUCGAUCCGCACAGCGGCGCCAUCAGCACCACCAGGCGUCCGCUCACGCUUGGCGUGCACACGUUCGCGCUGACGGCCACAGACGGCGCGUUCGCGGACACGGCCACUCUGACGCUGACGGUGCAGGACGUCAACGACAACCGCCCCACCUUGACGCGCAGCUGUGCACACACGCUGGUCUUCGAAGAGCCUGGUCCGGCGGUCGGCACCACGCUGUGCCAGUUCUACGUGACCGAUACCGACCUGGCGCUGAACGGACUCGUCAACAUUUCGCUGGCCGGCAGCAACGGCAUUUUCGUGCUCAGUCUGCCGACGAGCGAGCUUGUGUCCCCGCCGGUGACUGUGCCAGUGCAGUUGGCGGCCGCGUUGGACUACGAGACGGCCACUCAGCACACCAUCCAGCUGACCGUCGCGGAUAACGGCAGUCCGUCGCUGAGCAGCACUCUGGACGUGCUGGUGCUGGUCAACGACUCCAACGAGUUCCCGCCGCGCUUCCAGGCCGACGGCUACCGUCUUGUGCUGGAAGAGGACACGGCCACCGACGUACCAGUGCUGACGGUAUCGGCCACGGACCCGGACCGCUCCAGCAGCUCCAUCACGUACAGCAUCGAGUCAGUGACGAGCCUGGUUGCCGGCGGCUGGUUCCGCAUGGACGCUCUCACCGGCGUCAUCUACACGACGAGCACCGUGGACCGAGAGAUCCUGCCCGUGUUCAACUUGACGGUGGGCGCACGCGAUACCGGCCUUCAGGGCGGCGUUGCCGUCUCACUGCUUUCCACCGUCAUCGUGGAGGGUUUCCUGCUGGACGUCAACGACAACGCGCCCAUGUUCUUCUCGCCGAGCUACUCGGGCCGUGUGCUGGAGAACAGCACCGCUGGCACAUCGGUCGCCAAAGUCGUGGCCAACGAUCAGGACGACGGCGACAACGGAACGGUGGUCUUCGCGCUGCUAAACGCCGACGGCACGCCGAGCGCCGACUUCAGCGUCGACUCGUUCGGCGAGGUGACGGUGUCCGCUGGAAGCGCGCUGGAUCGCGAGACGCGCGACUCGUUCAGCCUGACGUGUGUGGCGAGCGAUCUCGGUCAGCCGCCGCUGAGAGCUCAAGUGCCGAUCAAUAUAACCGUCGUCGACGUCAACGAUCACCCGCCCGUACUGUACCCUCUCGUGUAUCAUUGUAACAUACGGGAAAACAUGGCGGCAGGGCAGCUAUGCACGACCAUCUCGGCCACUGAUGACGACCUGGGGGAGAAUGCCCGGGUCACGUACCGGAUUCUGGGGGGCAACACUGGCAGCAGGUUCACGGUGGACGGGUCGUCGGGCGAGCUGACCAAUGCAUCUCCUCUGGACGCCGACACAGUUAACACGUACACACUUACAGUACAAGCCGUCGAUGCAGCCGGACUGGUGUCCCUGGUCAACGCAGUGGUCAACAUCAGCGUUCUGAACGAGCGCGACGUACCUCCGGCGUUCAUCAAUCCCGAGUAUUCCUUCUCCGUUGCUGAAAACGCCACACUCGCCACCAUCGUCGGCUCCGUGAUGGCCGCAAGCCAAGAAGUCGGAACAAGCUCCGGUGCGAUCCUGUACUCAAUAGCCAGCGGCGACCCAAGCAAUGAGUUCACGGUGAACCGAACAAGCGGCAUCAUCACCACAAACAUGCCGCUCGACCGAGAACGUCAGGACUUCUACGAGCUGCAGCUGGAGGCGGAGGAGGUCGGUAGCCCGCCACUUUACACGCUGGUGACGGUCAACAUCAGCAUUGUCGAUGUCAAUGACAACCCACCGUCGUUCGGCAAGGACAUGGAUGCGGCGUACGUCCGAGAGUGCCACCCGGUGAACGCCGACGCAAUCUACACGGCCAACGCCACCGACAGCGACUUUCACAAGGCCGGUCGCGUGCGCUACAGUCUCCUCAAUACGAGCGACUCCGGCUUCGCCAUCGACAAGCUGAGCGGCGAGCUAACGCUGACACAGAGCCUGGACUUUGAACAGGCACGCUACGAGACCGUGCUGAUCAAGGCGGCCGAUCGCGGUGCCGUGCGUCUCACAAGUACACUAACCCUGUCCAUUAAUGUCUUGGACUGCAAUGACAUUGCACCUGUAUUCACGCAGUCCCUUUUCACAGGCUCCGUCAACGAGGCCGAAUCGCCGCCGAUGAACGUGCUGAGGGUCUCGGCAACCGACGAUGACUUCGCCGGCAACACAACGCUGACCUACUCGCUUCUAAGUCCGGGCAAGGUUCCGUUCGGCAUCAUGCCCAAGUCCGGCUACAUUUACGUCAGUCAGCCGUUGGAUCGGGAAAACACGUCUGUGUAUAGAUUCACAGUGGUCGUGUCCGAUGGUCUCCUGCGGAACCAGUCCACAGUCGAGAUCAGCAUCACGGACACCAACGACAAUGCCCCGGUGUUCAGCACGCGCAGGUACGUGUUCAGCACGCCCGAGUUCGACUACAGCCGCAAUCUGCCCGCGCUGCCGGCGUACGUAGGCACGGUUAACGCCACAGACACGGACCUGGGAUCCAAUGCAGCCGUGCGCUACUCGCUAGCCACAAACACGUCGGAUUUCACCAUCGACUCCAAGUCGGGCGAGAUAUCGGUUCUCUCGCAGCUGGACAGAGAAGCAGAGGACAUGUACUGGCUGGAGGUGGUAGCCAGGGAUAAGGGCAACCCGUCACUGAACAGCACGAGCAUGGUGCAGAUCAUCGUGACGGACGUGAACGACCACGCUCCCGUGUUCGUGCAGCCGCCGCCGUCCAUGAAGGCGCUGGUCAAGAUUGACGAGACGGCGCCAAUCGGCAUGGUCCUCUUCACCGUCAAGGCGCAGGACGCCGACGACGGCGAGAACGCUCGCGUCACGUUCCGCUGGGGCGGCCACCCGCCCGCACUGUUCUCGCUCAACGAGACGUCGGGCGUCAUCAGCACCAUCGCGCCGCUCGACUACGAAUCCAGCCAGCUGAUAACCCUGAGCAUUAAUGCCACCGACGGCGGGAGCCCGCAGCUGUCCAGCUUUGCGAAGAUCGACAUUCAGAUUCGCGACAUCAACGACGAGCCGCCCGUCUUCGUCAACACUAGCGGCCUGACGCUGAGCUUCGUCGAGGACCACCCGGUCAACACGGAGCUGACGCGGAUCAUCGCCGUCGACCGCGAGGACAUGACCAACGGCAAUGGCCGUGUGAGAUACUCGCUGGUCAGUCAGGACGCAGCCAUCACCAGUAUGUUCACCGUGGAUGUGAACACCGGAGCAAUCUACCUGCGCCGCGCGUUCAACUACUCGUCCGUCCGCCAGUUCACGCUCAUCAUUCAAGCCAGCGAUCAGCCGACGAUCGGCACGCAGAUGUCGUCGACGUACACGCUCAACCUGGACGUCCUGCAGGACAAGGACACCGGGCCGUACUUCCCCAAGCCGAUCAGCACCGUCGACGUCCUGGAGAAUGUCACUGUCGGGACGCGCUUCCUGAGAGUGCUUGCGUUGGACAGAGAUGCCGGUUCCAAUGGCAAACUCCAAUACAGGAUCUUGUCGCAGGUGCCGGAGCGCCAAGUGGGCGCCGCCAGCACUCUGGCUCACUUCGCCAUCAACAACUCCACCGGCUGGCUGUCCACGGUGCUUCCGCUGGACUUUGAGAGCGUGCAGCGCUUCUACCUGGACAUCCAGGCCACGGAUAUGUCGGCCAGCAUGCGCAGCGCCAACGCCUCGCUCACCAUCCAGGUGGUGAACCAGAAUGAGCACUCGCCCGUGUUCCCGCCCGACCAGCUGCUGCGCCUGUUCGAGGACGAGCGCCUCGACCGCGUGGUGUUCACGGCCACGGCUCAGGACCAGGACGACGGCGUCUUCGGGCAGAUCGUCUACGCGUUCCGCCUGAGUGACGGGUCGCUGGCGCUGCAGGACGGCCCGUUCUCCAUCAACGCCACGACCGGCCAGGUGUGGCUUAAGAGCGGUCUGGACUACGAGAGACGACGCUACUACGUCCUGCAGAUUCGCGGUAGUGACACUCUCGGAGACCCCAGCGGCAAGUACAGCGAGCUCAUGCUUAACGUAUCUGUGCAGGAUGUGAACGACAACCCUCCCAAGUUCAUGAACUCCAUGUACCUGGUGGAGGUGGACGAGAACGAGCCCGCGGGCCACAUCCUGCUGGCCGUCAAGGCAACGGACAGCGACUCUGGCAACAACAGCCGCAUCACGUACACGCUGCCGCCCGGCGAGGGCAUGGGCAAGUUCACGGUGGACGCGCAGACCGGCGUCGUGCGCACCACGGUGCCGCUGGACCGCGAGUCCGGCGUGGAGCGCUACGUGCUGACCAUCAUAGCACGUGACGCCGGCAGUCCCGUCAUGACAGCCAGCGUGGACCUGAUCAUCACUGUCAACGACGUCAACGACUGCACGCCAAAGUUCUUCGUGCCCUCCAUUCUCUACUUCAUCCAGGAGAACCAGCAGAAGAAGACGAUCGACACGCUGCUCGUUCGAGACUGCGAUAAGGGUCCCAACGCUCGUCUUUCCUACUCCAUCAUCAGUGGCAACGAAGGCAACCAGUUUGAUAUCUCGAGCAGGGGCGGCCUGUUCGUGAUCCAGAACGCACUGGAUCGCGAGAAUCAGACGUUCCAUCAGCUGGUCAUCCAGGCGUGCGACUCGCCGGUCAACAAGAGCGAGAUGCGCUGCGGCGUGGCCAUGAUCAACAUCUCCGUCACCGACGACAACGACAACUCGCCCGUCUUCGUUCAGGCGUCGUACAGCGGGGCUGUGAAGGAGAACGCCACCAUUGGCCAGAGCGUGCUGCGAGUGAACGCAACGGACGACGAUAGUCCUCUCUACGGACUGCUGCGUUACGAGAUGACGGACCCGACCGGGCAUUUUGUCAUCAACUCCACAUCGGGCGUGAUAAGCGUCGCCAAGGAACUCAACCAUGAAGACCUCUCCGUUUACACGCUCACCGUCGAAGCGGCCGACAACGACCCGCACGGCGCGCGGCGUAGCUCAGUGACCGUCACCAUAGCGAUCCUGGACGUGAACGACUUCACGCCCACGUUCACGCACUCGGCGUACGCCAUCAACGUGUCCGACUCCAUUGCCGUGGCAGCGCCCGUCUUCAACCUGACCGCGUUUGACAUCGACUCUGGCGAAAACGGCCGCAUCACGUAUCGCCUCUCCAGGAUAAGCUCGGACUUCAACAUCGCGGCCAGCAGCGGGCUCGUCACUACCCGCACCGCUCUCAGCGUGGCCAAGUCCCCGUACACAAUCUCCGUGAUAGCGACCGACGCCGGUGUGCCGUCGCGAAGCGGCAACACAACGCUGACGGUCAAUGUGCUUCCGGCGGUGCAGGCUCCGCCGCGCUUCCUGGAGGACGUCACGACCGUUCUGUACAAGGUGGGCACUAUCCGCGCCACGGAGCGCAUAGCCGAGGUCAGUGCCAUCACCGACGACCCGACCGCCACGCUGUCGUACAGCAUCGUGUCCACGCUGCCGCCGUCGUACCGCGACUCCUUUGCGCUCUCCGCCGGCACCGGGGUGCUGACGGCCGUCAAGGACGUCGCGCUCAUGUCCAGCAAUCGCGUGCAGGUGCUGGUGCAGGCACGCAACACAGCCACGGGCACGGUGGCAAGCAGCACGGUGCAGCUGCAGCGCGACCUGCUGCAGCACACCUUCCUCUACUUCAUCUCGUCGCCGCUCGCCGACAUCCCGGAGACGGCGCCGAAAGGCACGCUGGUGACGACCGUGGUGGCCAAGAGUGCGUUCAUACAGAGCGUGCCUCAGUACUCCAUCAUCGCCGGCAACACACAGCAGGUGUUCACGAUCGACGGCCAGUCCGGCUCCAUACACACGCAGAAGGAGCUGGACUACGAGAUGACGACGUCGUACACCAUCUCCGUCAUGGCAACCGACGUGGCCAACUUCUCGCGGCCGGCCAUCGCCGUGAUUCAAGUGGACGUGCGCAACGCCAACGACAACCCUCCGGCGUGGAGAACUCUGCCCACCGCUCCCGUCGUCAUCUCGGAGAACUGGCCGCCGCACCAGUACCUGACCACUGUCCAGGCCGUGGAUGUGGACAUGUCGCCACUAACGUAUCGCAUCGUCAAUCAGCCGCCGUCCCUGUUCACCGUCAGCCCUAAGGGCGAGAUUCUCCUGGGCACCGUCGGCGUGGACUACGAGGCUAGCGCAAGGUACGUGCUGAAUGUCACGUGCACAGACGGAAUCAGCACAAUCUCGGCACUGGUCGUUGUGGACGUCACUGACGACAACGACAACGCGCCCGUCUUCUUUCCCAAGCAGCUUAACAAGGUCAUCGCCGAGAACGAGCCACCAGGUUUGGUCAUCGCGCGCGUGCGCGCAACCGACCGAGACAGCGGCGUGAACAGCGAAGUGACGUUCCACCUACUGGACAACAUCAACAACUCGCUGGCCAUCAACAGCAGCACCGGUGAGGUGACACUGCUGAAGUCGAUUCCGUUCAAGCGCCACGCCAACAAGUACUUUGUGACGAUCGUGGCGCGCGACGGUGGCACGCCGCAGAUGAACUCCACGCUGAUCCUGAUCCUGGACAUCUCCGACAUCAACGAUCACAGCCCGGUGUUCGAGCAGCCAGCCGGGUACGUGUUCAACAUCUCGGAGAACACUGCCACGCAGAACCUGGUGGGCAGCGUGCACGCUACUGACGACGACUCACAGAAGAACGCGCUCAUCUCCUACAACCUGGUUGCGGCCAGCAAGUACUUCAGCAUCAACCAGGGCAACGGCGACAUCUACCUGCUGCGCACGGUCGAUCACGAGGUCGACACCGACUUCACGCUCAACGUGAGCGCCAGCGACGACGGCAACAGCAUCCAGCAUGUCACCUACGUCCUGGUGACCAUCCGCGUGCUGGACGCCAACGACAACGCGCCGCACUUCGAGAAACCCGAGUACGUGGUGCGCAUGCCCAUCGACCAGCCGCUGAACGUCGAGCUUGUCCGCGUCAAGGCCACAGACGCCGACGAGGGCUUCAACGCCAAGGUGUCGUACUCGAUCAAGAGCGGCGACGAGAACAACAUCUUCUACUUGGACUUCAACACCGGCAGCUUGUUCCUGCACCGCAAUCCGCGCGACCAGAUCAGCCCUGGCCAGGCCAUCUCACUGGGCAUACAGGCCACGGACGGCUCCUUCCUGGCCACCGCCAAGGUGACCAUCAUCGUCUUCUCGAGCAGCCAGACCGACCCGUUGUUCACCAGCCAACGCUACCAGGCCAGCGUGCCGGAGAACGCGCCCAAGGGGAAAUCCCUGCUUCAGAUCCAGGCCUUGCAUCCGAACCCGCAGCUCGACAUCAACUACUACUUUGCACUGAACACGUCGGCGAGCGUGCGGAGAAUAUUCAUGCUGGACGAGAUGACCGGCGAGCUUACCAUCAAGGCCGCCAACGCUCUGGACUACGAGACCAACAGGAGCUACGCGUUCUGGGUGCAGGGCCGCGACCCGGACACGGCCGAGAUCUCUGCGUACACGCAGGUCAUCAUCAAUGUCACCAACAUCAACGAGUACAAGCCGAGGUUUGCGCAGCGCAGCUACGAGUUCGACGAGACGCUCCCGCUGCCGGUGGGCAGCCGGGUGGGCAACGUGAUCGCGACCGAUGAUGAUCACGACCCGGUUCAGUACUACUUCAAUCGGCUGAACAACAGCCAGAUCGAGGACGGCCUGCUUCGCAUUGACGUCGACACCGGCCUCAUCACCCUGGGCAAGGAACUCUCCAAGGACGAGGUCAUAGAGGCACAGGUGAUAGCGUUCGACGGCCAAGGCACGGCCGUAACCAAUGUCACCGUUAAUCUCCAGUACGGCAACACCGGCGCCAGCGAAUCCGGAUCCUCCAACACCUCCACCGUGCUCAUCGUGGCCGUGGUCAUCGUCGUGCUGCUCCUGCUCUUCGUUCUGAUCGUGGUGAUCCUGGUGCUCAGAAAGCGCUCCAACCACAGCAAGGAGCUGCACCGGCUCGACUCAAACUACGGGUACGCGCCGUCGUCGUCGGGUUCCGGCGGUGGCGGGACUGCCGUGCGUCAGGACAGCCAGCGCGCACUGCUCAACAGCACGUCGACGUCCAUGUCGGCGCCGGGGGAGAUCGGCUCGGACUCGCCGACCGGUAUGGCGGACGAGAUCACCCUGCAGCGCAUCAACAGCGGCACUAACAGCACGUACCUGACCAGCGCCAACGGCACGCCGUACCCAGGGCCAGGCGCGGGUUACGGUAUGCCUGGCGGCGGCAUCGCAGCUGCUGGCGGUUUCCCCAUGAUGGGCAAUCAUCACGAGCAGCUGCACGAGUUUGGCGAGGAGGGAGCAGGUGAGGCCUGGGGUGGUCUGGGCGGCGGCGGAGCCAUGGAUAUGAACACAAUGAUCUAUUCGCGCCUGGCCGAGAUCGAAGCGGACGAGCACGAAGCCAUCAUGGACGGAGUGCGCGCGUUCAACGCCGACACGCUGUCCUACGCCGGUUCCAUCGGGUCGGUGGCGCGGCUGGUGGACGAGGUGCGCGGCAACACUGGCCAGCAGCAGCCGUCACCCAACCUCCGACAACUGGCCAAGGAGCUGGGUGCACUGUCGGGCACGCCGCCCAAGCCCGUGGCGUCACCGCGUGCACAGGGCAAGCGCGUCGCGGCAAGCACGGCUCAGAAACAAACCGUCACCGCCGUCGGACCUAGUACUGUCGCUGACAACAACUUGUACACCGCGUCGCCGUCCUGGUCCGGCUCACCUGCAUCACAGCUCUCCGAAGUUCUCGACCACGACCAGCAGCAGCAGCCAGCCGACAGCAAUGCCAGCAGCGUGGAACCCAGACUGCAUAUAUCCAUGACGGAUCUCGGCGCGCCGGAAGAGAUCAUACUCUCGCCCGGCAAGCCGCCCAAAUCGCCGUCCAAAGGAUACUGGUCGACGGGCAGCAACGAGCAGAUACCAGAGAACGCCGUGGCAGCGGCGGAACCGGCCAAGAACAACGAGCAACUGGAGCAGCGGCAAGACGCCCUGGACCAGAUGAUCGACUUUGGCGACGAUGAAGAGGACGAGCGCAGCGUGAUGACCGAGGACCUGACCGACGAGAUGCGCUUCAGCGACUACGAGUGCGAGGAGGUGUGAGCCGGUGCAGUGCCGUCUCCGACAGCAGCAGCACAUGCGCGGUCGAUGCCUGGCUGUGGGAACAGCAAGACAAGAUGCUCAACAAUUCCGUUCAACGAUCUUGACUAGAAACAACAUUUUUAAACAGUUUUCUAAAUUAAAAUGUUCAGUCUGCGAAAUUCAGCAAUGGAGCCAGCCACACUGACUUGAUAAAAUUGACUUUUUUGUUUAGACAUGCAAGCAUCUCUGUCAUAGACCCCACCUGAGCAUUAGAACCAACACACAGACACACACAUACACACACGCACACACACGCGCGCGCGCGCGCGCACACACACAUACACUUAACUAAGCAGCUUCAUUGCAUUUAGCGAUUCUGAUGUUGCAACUAACCAAAUCUACUGCAUCGUCCCAGUACGAUCCUCUGGCUUGAGCUGACAAGAAAAAGCCCCCGCCACCCCCUUUCAGUUCCUUCCCAUUCCAGGACUAUUUAUUUCCAAAAAACACAGUUCUCUAAGAAUAAUGAAUAAACGAACGCAAGUAUGCCAUGUA